AUGGCCUCCAAGAAACCUGCCGAUCGUCCGGUCCCCGCAGCCGAGGACGCCGACGUCGCCACCCCGGUACGCUUCGACUCCGAUGCCGACGAGAAGCGCAUUGCGGACGUCAACAGCAGCCCCUCCGGAGAUCCUGUCGAGAUCAGGGACUUUCCCUGGACUUGGAAGCUGACCGCCCUCGUAUGCGGUGUUGCGUUGUCCUGGGGCUCGUCGUUCUCCGAGAACACUCUCGGACCUCUCAAGAGCACAUUGAUCAAGCAGCUUGACAUCAACAACUCACAGUAUGGUGCCAUCUCUUCGGCCACCUCACUCGUGAACACGAUUCUUCCGAUUCUCGGCGGAUACGGGCUGGAUCAUUAUGGCGUCGAAUGGGGUUCGCUGGCUUGUUCGGUCGCAAUCUUCAUCGGCGCUGUCGUGUCAGCGGCUGGUUCUAAUAACGAUUCUUUCACUUUGGUUGUGACGGGCCGAGUGAUUAUGGGCUUCGGAAGUACUGUCAUUGAGACUUGCACGUCAAAGAUGUUGACGGCGUCUGUUGCAGGAAAGCUCAUCGUUCUCAUCGCCAAGGCCACCGCGGUUCCCAUGCGAGAUGCGUCAUCAUUCUGGGGGUGGGCCCUGUGGAUUCCCGCCAUCGUCUGUUUCGCCAACCUCAUUCAAAACAUCUUCUACGUCUGGUGGGCCCGAAGCCGGCCCGAGUGGACUCAAAUGCCCACCGGCCAAAAGCUCGCCAUGGAGAUCAGAUCCCGCGAGCGCGCACAGCGCGAGCAGAACAACGAGGUUGCAACUUUCAGGACUAGAGCAACAGCCCGUACCUUGAGUGCCCUCCCUAAUUGGGCAGCUCUGCUUCGUGUUCCUCGCUUCUUCUGGUUGGUUGCUUGCACCCAGAUUCUACAAGCUGGUGUUGUUGGUGGCUUCAACGGCCUCAACGCCGACAUCAUCACCCAAACUCGAGGCUCCACUGCUCAGCUUGCCGGUUACACCUCCGCCGUCCAGCAGGUGAUCCCUGUUGUGUGUGCACCUCUAAUCGGGUCUUUCUUCGACUAUGUGGGUUACCGCAUGAUGUUUGUCAGUCUUACGUCGGCCAUCUGGAUUCUGGUCUACUGCCUUAUCGGUUACACCCAGACCAACGCACUUGGAUCGAUGGUCAUCGCUUCUGUGGCAUCAACUAUGAACGCCCUGCCCUUCUUGGCAUCCAUCCCACUAAUCGUGCCGAACCAACUCGAGCUUGGGCUUGUAUUUGGUAUUUGGAAGGUUUUCAACAAUAGUGGAAGUGUCAUAGUUGACAUGAUUGCUGGCAGGCUGCAAGACAUUACGCCUGGAGGAACAUACGAGCGCGUCAUUGCCUUCUUUGUUGCCGUGAAGGGCCUGGAGUUUUGCCUAGGGCUGUUCUAUGGAGUUCUUGACCGCAGAUACCUGGCAGGCAUUCUUAGCAUCAGCAAUAAGAAGCGCAUGGAUAUCGAAAAAGAAGGAAAACUGGGAGACCUCGUCGGCAGAAGGCCUGCCAGGUCGUUCACGGCCGUGGGAAUUGCCCUGGUCUGCUCUCUGAUCAUCAUAGCCUGGGUUUUGUUCAUCAAGUACUCCAUUUGA